UGCACUCGUUUUGAACAGUGCUCAAAUCUGGCAACACUGCCUGAUACUCUUCUAAUGCGCUAUUGCCCGUUUUUUGAUUUCGAUCUUUCGCGUCAAAUCACACUUCCUGUCUCUCGCAUUGUCAGCUCCCUUGAUAGGCAGCAAUUUCAUCACGAAACGGCUCUUCUGCAGUCUAGGACGAGCAUGGAUCUCUCUGAUCGAAAAGAGUGCUCUGCAAAAGAAAAGCUAUGGUGUUUAUUAUGCGGAAAAUUUAAGUCUGAACAUUUGGGGUCGUGCACUACCAAGAUGAGAACUUGCGACGUACUUAAGUGUAUUCGAGAACAAGGUGUGGAACCUGGACAACCCCUCACACUACCUUCUGGCAAAGCAAAAUUAAAAGGUGCAUCAAACAAGGUGCCAAAACUCGAAUUUAUUUUUUACAAAAAUGGGAAAGAAAAGGGAAUAUUUUAUGAAUUCUGA